AUGACAGCAGAUGAAAAACAUGAUCGUUGUGAUUUCAUCAAAAAAUGCAAAUGUCGACUGAACCCAGUCACGCUGCUGUUUGCUGUCGAUUGUUCCAGAUUGAAAUUAAAAUUAAUUCCUAAACUUCCAAAUAUCAUCGAAAAACUUUCGUUCAAGGACAACAAAAUACAAGCUAUUACUGACCAGGCGUUUUCUGACAUGACCAACCUGUUGAAACUGGAUCUAUCAAGCAAUGAGAUUUACGAACUACGAAAUUCAUCUUUUAUAGGAUUAACAAAUUUGCGCAGCCUGAAUUUACAGAACAAUAGACUGGAUACAAGUAUGACAAGCUUGAACAUAAAGGUAUUGAAACCUUUAGAGAACUUAACAAAUCUAAACAUAAAACACAAUUUAUUUCGAAACUUUCAACCAAAUUUGACAUUACUGGUUUCUCUUAGAUCACUAGGAAUGGAUUUUAUUUCAAAUGAUACAGGAAUGAUAAGUGAAUCGUUUUAUUCUAUGAAAACAUUGCAGGAACUAGACUUGUCAGGAUUAACAGGAAAUUGCUCCGUUCGAUCGUUAACAAAUGAAAGUUUUAAGCACAUUCCUCAAAUUGAAAAUUUGAGGCUUUCAGGUUGUCGUAUUAAACAUAUUAACAAAGGUACAUUCCAGCAACUUAAAAAAAUUUCUGUUUUGGAUAUUUCAAAUAACACCUGCUUAAAAUUCGAAGUCUUGGAGAAUGUAACACAUGAUCUGCAAUUUUCUGCAAUCAAAGUUUUAAAACUCAAUAAAAUCCAUAAGGUGUUUGACAUGAAUACAAUGCUCAGAACUUCUCAAAUAAAGUAUUUGGCUAAUACAUCAAUUCAAGAAAUUCAUGGGGACAGUAACCGACUGCAGCAGAUCGAAAUCGGAGCUAUGUUGUUUAUGCCUAACACACUCGACUACGUAUCAGCCAGAGAUAACCAGUUUUCAUACGGUCCCUUCUUUUGGGAUUUACUACACACUUCCGUGAAGACGUUUAAUGUUUCACAUAUGUUCACAUUUCAUACAGAGGACGAAAAUCCUGAACAAUGUAGUUAUGAUAUUGUAUGUAAGAAAGAACCCAUCACCGAAACAAAGAUGAAAUAUGGUAUGGAGUAUAGGGAUCACGCCACACCGCUGCCAAUGGCACAUCAACUAACAUCACUGAACUAUUCUUCUUGUCAUUUACAUUACAGUGUAUCAUCAUACAGUUUAACAAACAAUAUUCUGCGAAAUAUUGACCUAAUGUCAUCAGAUGAAAGCCAUCACCGUUGUUUUUUCCUCAACGAAUCAUGCAUAUGUCGAAAAGACAAAGUGACCCUUCUGUUUGCUGUCGAUUGUUCCAGAUUAAGGAUAAAAGAGAUUCCUAAACUUCCAAAUAUCAUUGAAGAACUGUCGUUAAAGGACAACAAAAUACAAGUUAUUCCUGACCAGGCGUUUUAUAACUUGACCAACCUGCUUAAACUGGAUCUUUCUAGAAAUGAGAUUUACGAACUUAGAAAUUUAUCUUUUAUAGGAUUAACAAAUUUGCGCAGCCUGAAUUUACAGGACAAUAGACUGGAUGCAAAGAAGACGAACAUCCUGAAAGAUGUAGUUAUGAUAUUGUAUGUAAGAAAGAACCCGCCACAGAAUCAAAGAUGA